AUGGAGGACAAACCGUUAUCGGACAACUUUGCGUUCGUCGACACUCUCCUCGAUAGCCCCCACUUUAGGUGCCCCACCCGAUACAAUGACCACAACAGUAAUAAUAACAACGACAGCAACGUCGCCAUCACUGCGCAAAAACUCGCCCACUCUACUCCUGACUCGUCAUACCAAAACCAAAAGGACUACACCGCCACCGCCCCUGCAACCAUACAAUUACAUCCCCUUGUUCUGUGCAUGCAGCGAUCUUUGAUCUCGGUCUCAUCGCCGUCUCGGUAUGAUGGUUAUGGAGGCGAGGGCGAUAUGUACAAAUCGUUUGCGGGACUCUACAUCGAGAGACAAACUGAGAGUACGCGAAACCUGAGCAAGCACACACGCGGAAGGAAACAGUACCGUCGCCCUCACCAUGAUUCGGACGACAGCUCCGAGGAGGGAUGGAGCAAGGAGUCUGAUGAUGGCAACAACCACACCAGCAGUGAUAACGAUUAUGACAGCGACCGUCCCCUCCCUCGCCCUCGCCCUCGCUCUCGCACCACAGUCAACCCACGGCCACCAGGGGUGAUCAUGACACGGACGAUCGAGGCUGGGGAUCCGUUUGUGCCAGAGCGCAACGUGACCCUAUUCUGCAACGGAUGGCGCCUGCGACAUGUUUGCAGGGUCUUUGAGAAGUCCUAUCUGAUGUUGGUGGAUCAGGUGGGCAUGUACGAUGAGAAUCAGGAUGUGGAUAAAGAGUGGGGACGCGCUUUUGAGUUGGACGAGUUCCGCGACGCGACAUCCAGUGGCACACCCACGGUACUGGCGCAAUUGAUGUGCGAUAUUCAUGAUCCUCUCUUUGGUCAGCUUGGUCACUCUAUUGAAGGUGAUACGCUCUGA